AUGUUCAAGUCAUUGUUAAGAACCUCAAUCGUUAGACCAACUUUCGUUUCACCAAUUGCUACCAGAGCUGCUUUCUUCUCCACCUCAAGAUUUGCUUUAAAUGGUAGUCAAAAAGUAAACCCAAAAGCAGAUAUCUUCAAAUAUCACCAAUCAGAAGGUCCAGCUGCUGUUAGAUAUACUCCUGACCACGAAUGGGUUGCUAUCAUGCCAGAUUAUACUGCAUAUGUCGGUAUCACAAGAUAUGCAGCUGAAGCCCUUGGUGAUGUUACUUUUGUUGAAUUACCAGAAAUUGGUGAUCCAGUUGAAAUUGGGGAUUCUAUUGGUUCUAUCGAAUCCGUGAAGUCUGCUUCUGAAAUCUAUUCUCCAGUUAAGGGUGAAAUUAUUGCUAUUAAUAAUGCCGCUAGUGGUGAUCCAAGUAUUGUUAAUACCGAUCCUUUGGGUGAAGGUUGGAUUACUCAAAUUAAACUUGAUACUUCUGUUAAUGUUGAUGAAGCUAAUGACAGUUUAAUGACUGAAGAAGAAUAUGUUGCUAGUAUACAAGAAUCUUAA